CUAAGAACGAUUAUCGGACCGAUUCGGUUAUCUUUUUUCUUCCAUAUACAGUUGUAAAGAUUGAGAAUAGCUCAUGAUUAUCUGUGCUGCAGUUCUGCAUACAAAUUUACUGAUUUAGAAAGUUGCGAUUUCCAUAUACAUAAUUUUUUUUGAGUGUGGGAUAUAAUAAUGGUUUUAAAACGUUCGUCUAUCGCUAUGCUGACCGGAAUGGAACAAAUCUCGAUUUUUUUUAGUCUUUACUUACUACAUACGUGAUACAUGUUGAGGUUCUACACUAUCUAUAUGUAUUUGAAUAUGAUACUGGGAGGAAAAUCGGAUACCAAAACACAUUCAUCAUUUGCAUGAUUGCAAUGUCAGUUUGUGUCUUGGCCAUAUGGAUUUCAACUUACAAUAUGGAACCUCGGUGGCCUUUUCUCUUGUAGCUGGUCUUGUUUAUGGAACUACUUUACGCUCAGCAAGUGUCCUAACACAUUAUUUAAUAAUGUAUUUUUUUUUCGUAAAUGCUGUUGGUAUAAAAAAAGCUGGUCCUAAAGCCUUCCGCGUUGCAGGAAUGGAGAAGUGUCCGGUUGAAGUAAGCAUCAGCAUGCUGUUCUUAUUAACUGCCAUUAUAGGACCGAUUGUUGUAAGCUUUGCCGAAUCUAGUGACAAUAUUUAUAUGCGUUCCUUUACUGCAUUUUGGUAGCCGAUAUAGAAUACUGUGUAUGCGUAAUUUUUAUUAUUAAUUCUUAAGUUUUGCGUGAAUCAAAAUAUUCUUGCAACAAUAUGAAAGCAAUUGUAGCACCCGUUAAUAAUCGUACAUAAGGUUCAGAUUUAUAAAUAAAGCAGAGGUAAUGAAAUUAAUGAUACAGUUAUUAUCUCUUUAUAUGAUGAUGUUGCAGUAGAAACCAUAUGUCUCGUAACAUGUCACUCUGUUGCAUUAUGCUCACUUUGCUUUGUUAUUAGAGGUAAGUAUCACGUAGCAAUAUCUACUAUAUGCCGUUACUAAAUGCUGUAACCAAUGUAAAAAGAAGCUUUUUUUGCGUGUUGCUCUAAACUUUGAUUAACUAACAAAAAGCAUUAUAAAACAUAACGGUCGCGAGAGAAACAGGAUAGAAAAGAGUGAGCAUUUCUAUCUGAAUGCUACAAUUUUAGCGGCAUCUGAAAUUGUUCCAACCUUGGACUUAACAGUGGAAGAGGUACU